UCAAAAUUCCAAAGGAUUUUAGGACAAUAAUUUAGUUAUUACUUAAUGAUAUUAUAUUAUAUGGUCAUAAUUAAAAGGUCAUAUAAUUAAAGGCUGUACAAUCCAUUACAGAGGAAGCAUCAAUUAUUAGUGUGCAAUCGACUAUAAACGAAAAUGACCUCUUAUCCCAAUCAAAACGAUUAUCAGUGGCAAACUCAAAACAGUGCUCCUAAUUAUUCGUUUAAUACCUCCAAUGCUUUUGGAGAUUCCGCACAAACACUAGACUUUCAAAACUUUACUACGGAGCAACAAGACUUUUCCUUUGAUCAAGGCGGCCAGACAGGAAUCCCCCCAAACAACAAUCAGUACUACAAUCCGACGAUAUUUACUCCGGCGCCAAUACCUGGAGAUGCACCAACAGAGCCAUCAGAGUUUGAAGAGCCACCUCUGCUAGAUGAAUUAGAAAUUUACCCAGACAGAAUAUUAGAAAAAACUCUCGCUGUACUUAAUCCAUUCCACGGGCAAUCAAAAGCCGAUGAUGCCAAUUUUUUGCUAAGAGACACAGAUAUAGCUGGACCUAUUGCAUUUUGCCUAGCUCUAGCAGUUUGUUUAUUUUUGUCUGGUAACAAAGCCCAUUUUGGCUAUGUGUAUGGUUUAUCUGUAAUGUCUGUCAUUCUAAUGUACUUUCUUCUGUCACUGAUGAGUCGCACUGAAGGUGUGUUUACUGUGCUGAGUGUAGCAAGUGUUCUGGGGUACUGUUUGUUACCUAUGGUAGUAUUGGCUGGGUUAGGGAUAUUCAUUUCACUAGAAGGAACUAUUGGCAUGAGUUUGUCAGCAGUAGCUGUUAUAUGGUCUGCACUUUCAGCGAGUAGGCUUUUUGUGACCAUGUCAGGGGAUUCAGAGCAGAGGCCACUUAUUGCCUAUCCUUGUGCCUUAGUUAAUGGCGUCUUUGCACUGCUAGUCCUAUUUUAAAAUUAAUACUUACUUUAUUUCCAUUCAUUUUCAUAAAGACAAGUAGUUUCAAAUAGUAAAAAGGAAAAAUAUAAAAUUUCAUCUUUGUUACAUUAGUAAGCAACCAAUAACUUAAAAGACAUGAACACAAUGUUUUGAUUGUGUUAACAUCAGGGGCGGAUCUUGAAUUUGUGGGGCCCUGGGCUAAUAUUGCUUAGGGGC